AUGUUCUCUCAUCAAAAUCGAGACCGUCGGGGUGGCGGCGGUGGAGGAGAUGGUGGAAAUGACGACGAUGGUCCGGAUAACACCGAAAUGAAAUCCAAGAGUCGUAGUCAACCGAGUGGUUUGAAUCGUGUUAAGAAUCUAUCUAGAAAAUUGUCGGCUAAAUCAAGAGGGCGAUGUACAGUGACAAAAGAACGCAAGGAUCGCGACACGCCGGAUAACAACUCAAAGAUGUCUUCACCGGGUGGCGAGACCUCGUUGACUAAGAAGCCGGAGCUCGUUGCUCAAAUCAAAAUUGGACAUUAUAUUCUGAAAGAGACGCUUGGAGUUGGUACCUUCGGAAAGGUUAAAGUUGGAAUCCAUGAAGGAACUUCGUACAAAGUGGCGGUGAAGAUUCUGAAUCGUCAGAAGAUCAAAUCACUCGACGUCGUGGGAAAGAUCCGUCGUGAGAUCCAGAAUCUCUCACUUUUCCGUCAUCCUCACAUCAUCCGCCUCUACCAAGUCAUCAGCACUCCAUCGGACAUCUUCAUGAUUAUGGAGCACGUUUCUGGAGGAGAACUCUUCGACUACAUUGUCAAGCACGGACGUCUGAAGACUGCCGAAGCCCGCCGAUUUUUCCAACAAAUCAUUUCUGGAGUGGAUUAUUGUCAUCGUCACAUGGUUGUUCAUCGCGAUCUGAAACCAGAGAAUUUACUACUCGAUGAACAAAACAACGUGAAGAUUGCCGACUUUGGAUUGUCAAACAUUAUGACCGACGGAGAUUUUCUACGUACCAGCUGCGGAUCACCUAAUUAUGCUGCACCAGAAGUCAUCAGUGGAAAACUCUACGCUGGUCCCGAAGUCGAUGUCUGGUCAUGCGGAGUGAUCCUCUAUGCACUUCUCUGUGGUACUCUUCCAUUCGACGACGAACAUGUACCAAGUCUCUUCAGAAAGAUCAAAUCCGGAGUCUUCCCUACACCAGAAUUCUUGGAACGACCAAUCGUCAACUUGCUUCAUCACAUGUUGUGUGUCGAUCCAAUGAAGAGAGCUACGAUCAAGGACGUGAUCGCCCACGAAUGGUUCCAAAAGGAUCUACCAAAUUAUCUUUUCCCACCAAUCAACGAGAGCGAAGCUUCCAUCGUUGAUAUUGAGGCCGUUCGUGAAGUGACUGAGCGCUACCAUGUUGCCGAGGAAGAAGUGACAUCGGCUCUUCUGGGUGACGACCCUCACCAUCAUCUCUCCAUUGCCUACAAUUUGAUUGUGGACAACAAGCGUAUUGCUGAUGAGACAGCUAAGCUGUCGAUCGAGGAGUUUUAUCAAGUUACUCCAAAUAAGGGACCAGGACCAGUUCAUCGUCAUCCUGAGCGUAUUGCUGCGUCGGUCAGCAGCAAGAUCACACCAACGCUCGACAACACUGAAUCGACUGGAUCAGCACGUAACAAGCGUGCCAAGUGGCAUCUUGGCAUUCGCUCUCAAAGUCGUCCAGAGGACAUUAUGUUCGAAGUGUUCCGUGCUAUGAAGCAACUUGAUAUGGAAUGGAAGGUUUUGAAUCCAUACCACGUCAUCGUGCGACGCAAGCCGGAUGCCCCAGCUGCCGAUCCACCAAAGAUGUCACUUCAACUCUACCAAGUUGACCAGAGGAGCUAUCUUCUCGAUUUCAAGAGCUUGGCAGAUGAGGAGUCUGGAUCAGCAAGUGCAUCGUCGUCUCGUCACGCUUCAAUGUCAAUGCCACAGAAACCGGCUAGCAUUCGUGGAACACGGACGUCAAGCAUGCCACAAGCGAUGAGCAUGGAGGCGAGUAUUGAGAAAAUGGAAGUGCAUGACUUUUCGGAUAUGUCGGAUUUCCAGUGCGAUGUGACACCACCACCAUCGCCAGGAGGAGCCAAGCUGUCACAGACAAUGCAAUUUUUUGAGAUUUGCGCUGCUCUAAUUGGAACUUUGGCUCGUUAA